AGAAUGGAAGGAAUACGCGACGAGGACGCUUAUCUCAGCCUUAUUAAGAAUGUAUUGCAGUAUGGUAACAGACGCGGUGAUAGGACAGGUACGGGUACUAUAUCCCUUUUCGCACCACAGAACAUGCGUUUCACGUUAUCUGACAACACGCUACCAUUGUUGACGACAAAGAGAGUAUUCUGGAGAGGUGUAGCAGAGGAACUUCUCUGGUUUAUUAGUGGCAGCACAGACGCGAAACAGUUGAGCGAUAAGGGCGUAAAGAUCUGGGAUGGGAAUGGCAGUAGAGAAUUCCUCAAUAAAUUAGGUUUCACUGAUAGAGACGAAGGUGACCUUGGACCCGUGUAUGGUUUCCAAUGGAGACACUUUGGCGCAGAGUACAAAGGACCAUCUCACAAUUACGCGUCUGAGGGCGUAGAUCAGCUCCAGCAAGUUAUAGACACGAUCAAGAACAAUCCAUACGACAGGAGGAUCAUUCUUAGCGCUUGGAACCCUCUCGCUAUCCCUCAGAUGGCUUUACCUCCGUGUCACGUCCUUGCUCAAUUCUAUGUCACUGAUCCAGACAAUGAAGGCGACAAGAAGAGAUUAUCUUGUCUUUUAUACCAACGUUCAGCCGAUCUUGGUCUUGGCAUACCCUUCAACAUCGCUUCAUACGCCUUACUCACCCAUAUGAUAGCCCAUGUAACUAACACCGAAGCUUAUGAGCUUGUCAUACAACUUGGUGAUGCACAUGUGUACUCUAACCAUGUCGAUGCGCUCAAGGAACAACUAGAGAGAUCACCACGCUCACUCCCUAAACUCCACUUCAAGAGGGAUAUUGACAACAUAGAUGGAUUCACCUACGAUGAUUUCUCUGUUGAAGGUUAUGACCCACAUCCAAAGAUCGCAAUGCAAAUGGCAGUUUAAACACAAUCGAGCAUACCAAAUUCAUGUAAAACAACAAUUCAUAUUAAUAGC